CCGUAUCUGUGUUCUCAAUAAAUAAUUGAGUUGGUUCUGUGGAGAAUGUCUUAGAAGACUCUCCUACAUAUUUUGCUAGGUUUUGUUUUUGUUGUUUUCUUUGAUAUACUGGAGUGCAUUCUAUCAGCAAACCAUUCUUCAUUACUUUCUUUUGUCUCCUGUUUCUAAUUGUUUACAAAGUCCUGAUGAUGCUUUGCUUUCCUUCCAUACUUUCCUCUAUUCAGAAACCUCUGGGGGUUCUCCACUGCCCACAGGAUAAGGCGCAUUCCUAUCUGACUAGCAUUUAUGGUUCUCCGGUUCUCUGUAAUCUCGUUCUUACCUCCUAACCCAACUAUAUUUCUCACUGCCUCUCAGUAUGGACCUUCUUCUCCAGCCAGGCCAGUUUCCUCACAUUCCCUUACCGUUUCUUAUUCCUGUGCCUCUCUCCCUCUCUUCCUUCUCUCUCUCCCCUUUCCUUCCCCUCCAAGUCCUACCUCUCUUUCUAGUUCUGGCUGCUCUACAUGUCCUGGUCAUUCCAGUCACACUUAUCUCCAGGUUCUUGGAGUUUUGAAUGCAUGAACAUUUGGUACUGUAUCCUUUAUACUAUUGGCUGUUUUAUAGGUAUAUAUAUGUCUUUUUUCUCCCUAACUAGAUUUAAAUGGGUGUAUUGUAGCUUUAAAAUUAAAGUAUUUAUAUUUAUUUUAGACAAAUGAAAACAAGACCUGGAGAAGUCCUUAUUGAUUGUUUAGAUUCAAUUGAAGACACCAAAGGAAAUAAUGGGGAUAGAGGUAGACUCUUAGUAACAAAUUUAAGAAUUAUCUGGCAUUCUUUGGCAUUACCAAGAGUCAAUCUUUCUAUCGGCUACAACUGCAUACUGAAUAUUACAACAAGGACUGCUAACUCUAAAUUACGAGGCCAAACUGAAGCUCUUUAUAUACUAACAAAAUGUAACAGUACUCGUUUUGAGUUUAUAUUUACAAAUUUGAUUCCGGGAAGUCCUAGACUUUUUACUUCUGUGAUUGCAGUACACAGAGCAUAUGAAACUUCUAAAAUGUAUCGUGAUUUUAAAUUGAGAAGUGCACUAAUUCAAAAUAAGGAACUAAGGUUAUUACCACAAGAACAUGUAUAUGAUAAAAUCAAUGGAGUAUGGAAUUUAUCCAGUGAUCAGGGAAAUUUAGGAACCUUUUUUAUUACCAAUGUGAGAAUUGUGUGGCAUGCAAAUAUGAAUGACAGUUUUAACGUCAGUAUACCAUAUCUGCAAAUUCGUUCAAUAAAGAUUAGAGAUUCAAAAUUUGGGUUAGCUCUUGUCAUAGAAAGCUCUCAGCAGAGUGGAGGAUAUGUUCUUGGCUUUAAAAUAGAUCCUGUGGAAAAACUACAAGCAUCAGUUAAGGAAAUAAAUUCACUUCACAAAGUCUAUUCUGCCAGUCCUAUAUUUGGAGUAGAUUAUGAGAUGGAAGAAAAGGACGACUGUACAGACUCUGCUCUGUGCUCACCACCUGUCUUCUCAUGGGCUGCUUCAUCUUUAAUUCCUGCCCUUCUCGGUGAGCAGCCUAUCCAGAGAAGUCUCCAUAUGCAAGGCUCCUUGACGUAGACAGACUAGAAUCUCUCACUCUGUAAGCUUUGUUUUUAUUCUACUUCAGCCUCCCAUUAGCACAGGCAAACCUUACAGACACCAUUUUCUUCCUCCAAGGCCCUACAGCAUAGCGACUGCAGGAGUUUGCUCCACUAAUAUGGCCUGUGUCCAUCCCUAUUCCUCAGUUCCUGUGCAAGACCAGUUAUGAAAUAUUUUGAAUAUUAUCCCCACAUGUUUGCUCUUUGUCUCCCCAUAAUAUCUGGUUUCUCACCAGUUCAACUCUCCAGGUACAUCAGUUCUCUUCUGGCUUUACUUUCAGCCUCUCCAGCUAGGACCCUUGUCAUCUGACUUAUCACUGUGCACUCACUGCAUUAGAGACGCCCUCUCUGUGUAUUCUAUCAGUGCCCUUGCCAGAGGCUCUCUCACUGGUACCCUCGCUGACCACUCCAUCACAGGU